UAGUUUUAAACAAUAGGAUACGUAAGAACACAAAGCUGGGUGAUAAUGGGAAUCACAUUUUUUUCGUUGGGCAGUUUCUACUCUUAUCCCAGUUAACAUUUUUAUUAUUCUAUCUUGUUAAAUUCCCUCACUCCAUCUCUAAUUCUCUAUGAUUAAAUCACGAUCCAAUAUCCACCCAAAAUCUCAAAUCAGACAUCUCCGUCCAAACCUAUCGUUGUUUGCUGACCAAAACAGAAAAUUGAAUGACGAUAUUCACUUGUUUCCAAGACAACCACCAAAAACAUUACAAACAAAAGAUAGAAGGAAGAAAUAGACAUGUGGGAAUAAUAUGAUGUUGAGCACAAAGAAUUAGUUUUUUGAUGGGUCUGUGUAAACAAGCACAAAAAAUUAGGUUUUUAUUUUAAUUUUUCUUUGAUUUUGUUCUUGUCGCAUAAGAAGGGCCAAAGGAAUUGUAAUAGUGUGAAACCAUUAACAAUAGUAAGCAGAUCAUCCAACAAUUUUUUGUGUGUUUCUGUCUAUCUGUUAUCGUUUUAAUUUGUUGAAAUUCGGAUGCAAAAUAGUUUUUUCAUUUAAUAUAUGUCAUAGUGUUGGAGCUAAGAGCAGCAUGGCCCCCAAGCACAACACCAGCAACAAAGCUUUUACAUGCUCGGUCUCUACAUUGUUCUUGUCAAUAUCCGCCAUAUUUACCCUUAUACUCCUCCUUUUUCUUUUAUCCUAUCACACAUCCAAAUUAUCGUGUAACAAGGCUUACAGUUCCACCGACUUACUUAAUAACAACGCCAUUAGCAAUUCAAUUAAUGUAUAUGUUUCAGAAUUACCUAGAUCACUCAACUAUGGUCUUUUAGACAAAUAUUGGUCUCUUUCCCAUGAUUCAAGACUGGGUAGUGAAGUAGACAACCAAAUCAGAUCCACUGGUUCCUGGAAUAAUAAUAAAAAGAUCCCCCUUUAUCCAGAAAGCCCGUUGAUCAAACAAUAUAGUGCCGAGUACUGGAUCAUGGGUGAUCUGAUAACUCCACAAGAGCUAAGAACUACAUCUUUUGCUAGGCGGGUUUUUGCUCCUGAAAGGGCAGAUGUCAUUUUCGUCCCUUUCUUUGCGACAAUCAGUGCUGAGUUGCAGCUUGGUACCGCCAAAGGGGUUUUCAGAAAGAAGGCAGGGAAUGAGGAUUAUUCAAGGCAGAGGGAAGUCUUGGACUUUGUUAAAGGGACUGAGGCAUGGAAACGUUCUGGUGGCAGAGACCAUGUCUUUGUUCUUACUGACCCUGUUGCAAUGUCACAUGUUAGAGACGAGAUAGCUCCUGCCAUUCUGCUCGUUGUUGAUUUUGGUGGGUGGUACAGGGUUGACUCAAAAGCUUCUAACGGCAAUACUUCUGAUAUGAUACAACAUACCCAGGUAUCAGUACUUAAAGAUGUUAUCGUGCCCUAUACGUAUAUGCUACCCAGGGUGCACAUAUGGGAAAACCAGAAACGCGAAACUCUUCUUUAUUUCAAAGGAGCUAAGCAUCGUCAUCGGGGUGGUUUGAUACGAGAAAAGUUAUGGGACUUGUUGAUCAAUGAGCCUAAAGUUAUUAUGGAAGAAGGGUUCCCGAAUGCAACUGGAAUAGAACAAUCAAUUAAAGGAAUGAGAACUUCAGAAUUCUGUUUACAUCCGGCAGGUGAUACUCCAACUUCAUGUCGUCUUUUCGACGCCAUCCAAAGUCUUUGUAUACCUGUUAUUAUCAGUGACAACAUCGAGCUGCCAUUUGAAGGCACCAUUGACUACACAAAAUUCUCCAUAUUUGUGGCCGUGAGUGAGGCACUACAACCCAAUUGGCUUGUGAAUCAUCUCAGAAACUUUACUGAUAAGCAGAAAAGUAAGUUAAGGCAAAACAUGGGCCAGGUUCAGUCUAUGUUUGAAUAUGAUAAUGGUCAUCCAGGUGGUAUUGGCCCAAUCCCAAUUGAUGGUGCAGUAAACCAUAUAUGGAGGAAGGUUCACCAAAAGUUACCGAUGAUUAAAGAAACUAUUGUACGAGAAAGGAGAAAACCGCCGAAUGCAUCCAUCCAACGUCGUUGUCAGUGUACUUGAAUGAUGAAGUUUGUAAGAAAUAUACAUUUGUUUACUCGUGUAUUAUAGUAUUAUAAUUGUUCAAUUCAUCAAUCCUACCGUAUGUUAGGAUAACUAUUUGCUUAAUUUGGCUUACUUUGAGUAAUAACAAAAUAGGCGUUCUGAAA